AUGACUCUAUGGCGUCGUCCACGGUCACCAGAAUGGACCGAUGUAGACCAACGUUUCGAAGAGAUGUCGCGACGAAUUGACCGAGCCUUGGAAGAAUGUCGACAAGACAUGCGCCGAUUUGAAGAGAGUUUCUUCCCAGCAGCCAAAUACGGUGAAGCGCAAAAGGUGACAAAUGAUGACAAGAAAUUUGCUGUGACAUUGGAUGUUUCACAGUUUCACCCGGAUGAGGUCAAAGUGAAUUUAGAGGGAAGGACUUUGAAAAUUGAGGGAAAGCAAGAGCACAAAGCAGACAAAAGCUAUUCCAAAAGAUCAUUUGUGAGAACGUGGAGGCUGCCGGACGAGGCUGACGUUGAUGCAAUCAGAUCCAGUCUCAGUGAUUCUGGGAGACUGUCCGUGGAAGUGCCAAAAUUUCCUGCGGCGAAUGUGAAUUCGAGAAGCAUUCCAGUCACCUAUUCGAAAUCAAACCAACGAGAGACUAAUAUCCAUUAA